AUGGCAUCACGAAGGAUGCUCCUCGGCGUCUGUGCCGUGCUGAUGGCGGUCGCCGUCGCCAACGCGGCAGAGGGCCAGGUGGCGUCGGUCGUCGUGGGCCUGGCGAGGUGCGCCGACUGCACGAGGAAGAACAUGAAGGCUGAGGCGGCUUUCAAGGGUCUUCAGGUGGCGAUCAAGUGCAAGAACACCAACGGCGAGUACGAGACCAAGGCCGUGAGUGAGCUCCAAAGCACCGGAGCUUUCAGCGUCCCACUCGCUGCAGACCUCCACGGCGCCGACUGCCACGCGCAGCUCCACAGCGCCACCAACGUGCCUUGCCCCGGGCAGGAGCCGUCCAUAAUCGCGCCCAUGUCUGGCGGCACCUUCGUCGCCAUCCCCGGCAAGACGCACUACCCGUCCGCGGAGUGCGCGUCCGCGUUUCUCUGCUCCCCGAUCAAGAAGCACUUCUUAGACCACUUCCACAAGGCACCCGUGCCGGAGCACAAGCCAAAGCCAGUGCCAGAGUACCACCCCACACCGGAGUACCACCCUCCCACGCCGGAGUACCACCCUCCCACUCCGGUGUACGGGCAGCCAAAGCCAACUCCGAUCUACCAUCCUCCCGCUGAGCACUGA